ACGAUAUCGACGAUAAAUAUAUAUUUUUGGUCAGGCAUAUCUUUAGACAGCCGCACUCUUAGCUCGACUGUACGCUGGUGGAAAGUAGUUUGUUUUGGCAGCGAGCUGCUUUUAACCACCUCGAAUAUCCUGAGAUUAUUGAGUUUUACUAUUUCUCGCAAAAACAGCGAAGAUGUCAUCACCACUAGCAAAGCCUCAGAUUAUUGCGCAUAUUCAGAAAGGCUUAAAUUACACAGUUUUUGAUACUAAAUGGAUUCCUUGCAGCGCAAAGUUUGUCUGCCUCGGGAACUUUGCUAGAGGAACCGGAGUGAUGCAAAUAUAUGAGGUGCAGCACGGGGAGGCUCAACUUAUCAAAGAGAUAGAGAAACCUAAACCCAUAAAGUGUGGGACGUUUGGGGCCACUUCUCUCCAGCAAAGGCACAUUGCGACUGGGGAUUUUGAUGGGAAUCUCAAUAUAUGGAACCUGGAGAUGCCAGAAGUGCCUGUGUACUCUGUAAAAGCCCACAAAGAGAUCAUGAACAGUAUCGAUGGUGUUGGUGGUUUGGGGAUUGGCGAUGGCGCUCCAGAGAUAGUGACUGGAAGCAGGGAUGGGACAGUAAAGGUGUGGGAUCCCAGACAGAAAGACUCACCUGUAGCUAACAUGGAGCCAGUGGAAGGAGAAAACAAGAGGGACUGUUGGACUGUUGCAUUUGGUCACGCCUUCAAUGAUCAGGAUCGCUGUGUUUGUGCUGGCUAUGACAAUGGGGACAUCAAACUCUUCGACUUGCGUAAUAUGUCUCUACGAUGGGAAACAAACAUCAAAAAUGGGGUAUGCGCUGUAGAGUUUGACAGGAAAGACAUCAACAUGAACAAGCUGGUGGCCACCUCACUGGAGGGAAAAUUCCAUGUCUUUGACAUGAGAACCCAGCACCCCACCAAGGGCUUCACCUCUGUUUCCGAAAAGGCUCAUAAGUCGACCGUCUGGCAGGUGAAGCAUUUACCUCAAAACAGAGAAAUCUUUAUGACUACCGGGGGAGCAGGCAACCUUCAUCUAUGGAAAUAUGAGUAUCCGGCUCAGAGAAGCAAGAAAGACUUAGAUGGCAUAGAUGUAGGCGUAGCUGGCUCUGUCAACCUCCUGCAGAAUGUCACCGUGUCCACUCAGCCAAUCGCCAGCCUGGAUUGGAGCCCCGACAAGCAGGGCCUGUGUGUGUGUUCAGGCUUCGAUCAGUCUGUCCGAGUGCUCAUUGUCACCAAACUUAAUUCGGUGUGAAAAAGUAGACCAUAACAAAACCUGGGUGAUGCAGAUUUGCACUGCCUGAGAGGAAAUGUGUAACAACUGCAGACAUGCACCAGUAGUCUGUAACUCACUGCCCUUUUGUGGUGCUUUUAUAUGAAUAGACAACAACCUACCAUUGCUUGUCUAGGCAGCUGUCAGUCUAUAUUUUGUACAUUUGAUAACCAUCUCUAGACUUAUCUUGAGAGAAAAAAAAAGAAAGUCAAAUAAAUUAUAAAAUCUAUUGUUUGAUCAGUCUUUGUAAAUACUACUCCUGAUAAAUGUAGAAAGCUUGGCUGAUCCAUGUAGGCAGUGGAAAGAAAACACCCUGAUAUCACCAUUAUUCAUACAAGGAAAUGAGUCAUACACCCUCUAACUUUGAAUAAUAAAUUGGAGAUCGAGAUUUAUUUUCUUUUUCUAUUCCUGUUUUUGUAGAUGUUCACUGAAACACACCUCUUUUGUUGCACUAUUGGUGAAUUCCAAUUUUGUCUAUUGUCAAAGUUGUCAUUUUUGAUAUGUCAUUUUUAAUGAGAGCUUUCUGUUUCAAAUUAAAUGAUCCUUUGGAGAAAAAGGCAAUUUUUCUCAGUAUCAUCUCUCCAAUAACAAUGGCUGAUUUAUAACAUCAGAUCUGAGCAAGUUGAGGAAGAUGUCUACAUUCUCAAAACACACAAAACGAAUGUGCUGCUAAAGAUGAAAGAUGGUUUAUUUUGGAAUACAGUAAUCAAAAUCUGAUAAGUAAAGCAUUGUGUGCAUUUUUUAUAUCCAGCAUUUGAACCUGAAGUAGUCCUGUAGCUCCUGAUCAUCCUCUUGUCGAUCGUGGAUCUUAGCAUACACACUCUUCAGCAGCUUUGUCAUGCCCUUUUCAUCCAAGAUGUCAAUGUAUUUUUCAAUGCAACCUACAAACACAAAUUACUACAUUACAAUAAAUACAGUCACAUUAAAGAGGCUCUAACAAACAAAUGUUUUUUUAAUUGAAAAGUAAUUUGUACAUUUAAAAUGUGAAACAGCCUACAUGACACUUUUUUUACGAUAUUAUGAAGAGCUUUCCAUAUUCAUUAAUCCAACAUGUUUCAUACAUGUCCUCUAUGGAACAUGCUGUGCCAUCUAUGCAGGCAUGGCACCAGCUCAGUGUAAUGCAUCUCUAUUAAUAGUAUGCAUAGCACGUCAUGUGGAUUAGGCUGCAUGAUUCUAAUUCAACACUGUAAUAACAAAAUAGUUCAGUUUAGUCAAGGCCAUUACUCAGGAAAAAAGUAAGCAACUAAAAAUCAUUGCAGUAAAUCAUUUCUGUA